GUUGGUCUUUUGGCUCAAGGCGUCGCCUCUUGCUCAACACAGGCAACUGUUUAUGGCCAAUGCAUAGCAGCGAAAUACCAAGAUGCACACAAGGACAUGUGUGCCAAGGAAUUCGAGAAUUUCAAGCAAUGCGUACAAAAAGCCGUCAAGAGAAAGUGGUAGUUCCUCCUUUGUCCAUGUAUAUAGCCCGUUGACAGCCGCGUUACAUAUCUAAUACAAUUACACAAUGUCCUCCCUAUCUCUCCUUCUCUGGUUUCUAUGACAUGAAGAAACGUUAACCAUUGUCACGUCAGCAAUUGCUCCAUGUAGGGAGAAAUGGUAUUAAAAAGUGAGCGUGUUCUAGGAGAAAUUGAUGGUGUGUUGUUGGUGGUGGAAAUUCAAAUGAGG